GUUUUUCCACACCAACGCCACUGACGAACGCCACUUGACUUGCCACAACCUGAACAGACAUUGUUGACACCACGCAGGAGGACAAGAUGGGAUUUUCCUUGUAUUUUUCCAUCGAGACGUGGACUCUAAUAGCCAUUGUCGUCGCUCUAUUGGCACUGUAUGGAAAUGCCCCCUACGGCUUUUUCAAAAAACUAGGGAUCAAAGGUCCCAAACCAUUGCCCUUUAUUGGGACAUUUCUGGCGUACCGGCGGGGCAUCCAUAAUUUUGACCAAGAAUGUUUUCGAAAGUAUGGAAAAGUGUGGGGGUUGUAUGAUGGCAGACAGCCUGUCAUGGCUAUUAUGGACACAGCUAUGAUCAAAACCAUCUUGGUUAAGGAGUGUUACUCUGUCUUUACCAACAGACGGGAUAUGGGCCUAAAUGGACCUUUAAGUGACGCCGUCUCUAUAGCAGAAGAUGAGGAUUGGAAGAGGAUCCGCAGCGUACUUUCUCCCUCAUUCACAAGCGGGCGACUAAAAGAGAUGUAUUCAAUAAUGCUGCAGCAUUCUAGUAAUCUGAUCAAGAGUCUUCAGAGGAAAGUAGACGCUGAUGAGGUCAUUGACGUCAAAAAUGUAUUUGGACCUUACAGUAUGGAUGUUGUGGCCAGCACUGCUUUCAGCGUGGACAUUGACUCUAUUAACCGUCCCGCUGAUCCAUUUGUGGCAAAUAUUAAAAAAAUGACCAACUUUGACCUCAUGAAUCCUUGGCUUAUGCUUAUUGUUAUCUUUCCAUUUUUGCGGCCAAUGAUCGAGAAGAUGGAAUUUUCCUUCUUCCCCGCUGACAUGUUGGCUUUCUUCUAUAACUUCCUAAAGACCAUCAAAUCGGAACGAAACAAAAACAAUUGCGAAAACCGAGUGGAUUUCAUGCAGUUGAUGGUGGACUCUCAAAUUUCAGAAUCCAGCAAAGAAAAUGGGAACAACCAGAAAGGUCUGACGGAUCACGAAAUCCUCUCUCAGGCCAUGAUAUUCAUCUUUGCCGGCUAUGAAACAAGCAGCAGCUCACUGUGCUUCUUAGCCUACAACCUAGCAACUCACCCUGACAUCCAGAAGAGCCUGCAAGAGGAGAUUGAUGAAACAUUUCCAGACAAGGUUCGGCCGAGCUAUGAUGACCUGAUGCAGAUGGAAUACCUGGAUAUGGUGAUGAACGAGUCAUCCAGGCUGUACCCUAUCGCAAACCGACUGGAAAGGGUAGCAAAGGCAUCCGUGGAAGUCAGCGGUGUGACCAUUCCUAAGGAAACUGUUGUCAUGGUACCCAUUUACACUCUCCACCGUGACCCUUCUUUGUGGCCUGAGCCGGACUCUUUCAAACCUGAAAGGUUCCGCAAGGAGAACAAAGACAAUAUAGAUCCUUACGCCUUCUUGCCAUUUGGGGCGGGGCCAAGGAACUGCAUUGGCAUGCGGUUUGCUCUCCUGAUGAUGAAGUUGGCUUUAGUGGAGAUAUUGCAGCACUACAGCUUUGUCACCUGCAAGGAAACAGACAUUCCGAUGGAGUUGGGGAGAGACGGCUUUACGGCGCCCAAGAAUCCUAUCAAAGUGAAACUAGAGCCGAGAGCAGCCGCAGCAGAUUGUACUUCAAGAGAAAUUUGAUUUUAUGUUUAAAAUAUAUAUAUAUAUCUAUAUACAUAUAAUAAUAAAAACUAAAAAAGUAUUUUUUUUACUGCCCAUCUUUGCGAUGGGAGGUGAAUAAAUGUCUCUCUAUUGGUA